AAUCGGCUCCUUCCUACUACUGAAGCUCUGGUAGAGAGGAAGAUCCAAGUACACCCUCGUUGCCCAGUUUGCUGGGCCGAGUCCAAAACUUUGGAGCAUUUGUUCCUGGAGUCCCCUGUGGCGCGAGCUCUUUGGGAUUACGCAGGUUUGGAGUAUCUAGGUCAGGGGUUGCCUCGUCACACUUUCCCUUUGUUCAUGAAACGGUUGUUGAAUAUCCUCCAUCAGGACCAUUUGUUCAUGACGGUUACGGCUGUCCUUUGGCGAAUUUGGCGGUCCCGGAACUGGGUUGUGUUCGAAGGAAAACAGUUUGGGAUUCCUGCUUUGAUGAGGCAGUACCACCAGCAGUACCAGGAAUGGAUUAGUUUGUCAGUUGGUAAAUCUCAGGGAGGUCCUGCUCCCCCGGAAGUGGAGGUUCCACAUUUCCCUAUGAUCUGCUUGUGGGAUGGGGCUACCAUGACAGCCUCCCAUUCGGCAGGAGGGAUGGUGGUGAAGAAUCACUUGGGGGACAUUCUUAUAGCCAUAGGAUUCCAGUUCGCGGGCAUCGAGGAUUCGUUGGUUGCUGAAGCUCUUGCUCUUCGGGAGGCUAUUCUCUGGUGCCGAGACUCUGGGUUUGUAGAGGUGCGCUUUGAGGGGGAUGCCAAGGUGCUUAUUGAGAAGAUUAAUCAGGCAAAUACUAGGGAUAGUAGAGUUGGGGCGCUCCUGGAGGAAAUUGUAGGGGCUUUUGGUUCGAUGGGAGGUUUCUCUGUCCGGUUUGUAGGUCGGCGUAGUAAUAGGGUAGCCCACUUGGUGGCUAGAAAUGCUCUUCAUUUGUACCCGACUACGAGUCGUUCUUUUGAUUUUCUGGCCUGGCUCAAUUCCAGGAUGUAACUACCUAUAUUUCUGAUCAAUAUAUCGAUUUUCUUUUGGAAAAAAAGACUCAAAAACUAAAAGUUGCAGCUCUCCAAGAAAACUCUUCAAGGGACAUUUUUUGACAGAGUGCAAUAUUGAAAAAAAAAACUACAGUAAUUCACAAAUAGGAUUAAUUCAAGUACAAUAAUGUAAGAUAACCAUC